AUGUCUGUCCAAGUCACCCCAGAGCAAAUGUCGCAGCUGCGCGACACCCUCCUCAACACGGCGGGCACCACCCCGCUCCACGAGCGAUUCAGAGCUCUCUUCAUGCUCAAGGCUGUCGGCACCGAUGAGGUCGUCGAUAUCGUGUCCGAGGGCCUGAAAGACCCCUCGCCUCUUCUCAAGCACGAGCUCGCCUACGUCCUCGGCCAGCUCCUCAACCACCGAGCCCUCCCGACUCUCUCGGGCGUUCUCGCCAACCCCACCGGCGAGCACUGCGCCAUGGUCCGUCACGAAGCCGCCGAAGCUCUUGGCGCUAUCGGUGCCGAGGAAAGCUUGCCCAUCUUGAGAAAGUACAGGGAUGAGGAGGAGAACAGGGAGGUCAGGGAGACUUGCGAGAUUGCUGUCGGCAAGAUCGAGUUUGAUCUCAGUGAAGAGGGCAAGGCGAGGAAGCAAAACCCCGACUACCCUACCAUCGAUCCCGCGCCUUCUGCCGAGGCCGCCGACAUCCCUUCCCUCACCGCCGAGCUCCUCAACCCCAAGCUCCCCCUCUUCCAUCGCUACCGUGCCAUGUUUGCCCUCCGUGACUAUGGAUCCGGCUCCAAAGAGGCCGUCCACGCCCUCGCGCAAGGUUUCUCCGACGGCUCUGCCCUCUUCCGACACGAAAUUGCAUACAUUUUCGGUCAACUCAGUUCGCCGUACAGUGUUCCCAGUCUGUUGAAGAGGCUGAGGGAUCCUGUCGAAGACGAUAUGGUACGACACGAGGCUGCUGAGGCUCUUGGUGGUAUCGCUUCUGACGGCGUAGACCCUGAAGAAGGCGAGGGAGAGGGCGAGGAGCUGCCUGAAGGCGGUGUGCUUCAGGUGUUGAGAGAGUGGGCUGUCAAGGCCGAUGCUCCCCCCGUCGUCAGAGAGUCUUGUCAAGUCGCCCUCGACAUGUGGGAAUACGAAAACUCUACCGAGCAGUUUAACCCCCUCGACUCGCUCGGUGCCAAGGAGAACACUACCGGUAUGGAGAGGAGUGCCGCUGCUGCUGUAGCUGCUAUGGCUGCUUAA